AUGUCUGUUGCGUUCAUUGUGGGGAACUUGAAACCACGGAACAGCUAUUCUUCCUCUGCAAGUUUGCUCAAAAAGUGUGGUUCUAUAGCCCCUUUCACCAAUACUCUAGACUUCUCAUCUCUCAGCUUUGGGGAUUCCGUCAAAGAACUUAAACGCCUCAUCUGCUUACCACCAUUGGGGAUCACUACCGGACCCUUGUUCCCUUGGAUCUGCUGGACCAUCUGGUCAGCCUGGAACUAUCGAAUUUUCGAGGACCGAUCCUUCUCCCCGGACGACACGGCUCUUAAAGCAAUCCAGGAUGCCGAAACAGCGAUAACCCGAGCGGAAUGGGUCUUCACCACCAAAGACGGCAUACAAAUCGAUUCCGGCAGCACGGCCGAACAAUACAUGCUCUCUCCACUCAUGGCAGAGGCCAUCUCCAUCAGAUCAGCCCUAAUUCAAGCUCUGGAGAAGAACUUCCUCCAUCUACAAGUCAAAUCAGACGCUCAGGACUUGAUCUGA